AUGGAGGACACUGUUGUUUAUCAGGAAACUGAGUCCGUAGUACAGUUAUAUUCUGAAAGACAACAAAAGCAGUGGGGAGAUAGCUUGAACGAAGAAUCAAAAGUGGAAUUACCUGCCAAAGUGUGCUUAUAUACUCGGUCCAACUCCCGGGAGGAACUAAAAACUAUCUGGAAGGAUUGGACCCCACAACGCCGUUUGGAAUUCUCACAGUUAUAUGGCCAUAUCGGUUUCUUGUUACACAUAACGGUGAAUCUUCAGAUGGUGAAGGCAUUGGUGGACUUCUGGAAUCCUCCGUACACAUGUUUUACGAUAGAUGGAAUCGACAUGGUUCCUACAAUUGAAGAGUACUCCUCGCUACCGCAUUUGAUGACACAGCGAUCACCCUACCGCACUUAUGUGCCUGAUUCCAGGAUUUCCUUAGCACGGGAGUUGUAUAACCUUGCUGGGGUCAAGAUUCAACGAACGGCAGGGGAAAGCGAAAGGAUCACUUGGAAAUGCUUGAAGGAGUUGUUGGAAGAGGAGAAAGGUGAAGAGGUUCAGAUACAUUUGUUCGCACUGGCCAUAUAUGGCCUAAUUAUAUUUCCCAAAGAACUAGGGACCAUUGAUAGAUCUACUAUUUCUUUCGUGGCGCAAGUAAAAAAUAGGGCUAAUCCGGUUCCUGGGAUUUUGGCAGAAACCUUUCGAUCUCUUAACAAAUGCCGGAGUAAGGGUCAGGAGCGACUAAAAUGUUGCGUAUCAUUACUCUAUGUUUGGUUUGCCAGUCACCUGCCAAGUAACCAAGGGGGGUACCGUAACACCUUUUCAGCUCUUCGAAUCCCCUUAGCCGAGUUCGAAGAGGCUCAGCAGAAUAUUCAAAGGAGCAAGGCUAACUGGAAUGAAAAAUUACAUAAACUGAGGGAGUUGGGAUUAGUUUGGCAAGCGCCAUGGAUGAACCAUUCCAACAUGAUGUAUCGAUGUGGAAACUUCCCGUGGGUCCCGUUAUUAGGUCCAUGGGGAGGAAUAGCAUACGCUCCUUUGUUGGCAAGAAGGCAAGUGGGAGCGUCUCAGUUUGUGCCUAUGACUCACAGAUUAGCCGACUCGGACUUCGCAUAUGAAGUAGGAGACACUCAAGAUCAAAUUAGAAAGUUCAUGGUGGCUUGGAAACAUGUGCACCUAAUAGGUCCAGGUGAUGGAAUUACCACAGUCCAAGGAAAUUAUGAAGUAUGGCGGGAAAACCGAGUAAACCCCCGACUCAAAAGAAUCCCAGAAGUUGUUAUUGAGCAUGUUAAAUCACCAAGCCCGUGCAUACAAUUGAAGCCACAAGGGGAUCCAUGCCCAGUAGAAAAGGGAGAUGCAAGAGCAGAAGUGGGGAAUCAGCAAAAGGAGGCUCUAGUCUCUGUCUAUCGCAAGGAAAUCAAGCGACAGAGGAUUCGGUACAUACAAUCAGAAGAAGAGGUCGUGGCUCUAAGGAAGGAAAGACGAAGACUUCAAGCAGCACUUGAACAGAAAUCUCAAAUGUUAGAAGAUGCCCAUACCGAAGUCAAAAAGAAAUCGCUCUACAUACAAGAAUUGGAGAGGCAGGGGGAUGAGCAGAGGAGCAAGUAUAAUCAAGUACUGGAAAAGAUGGAGCCGUGCAUAAUGAAAGCAGGCUACUGGGAGGCCAAGUUUCGGGCUUUGCGUAGAAAGACGACACAGCAAAAUGCAGAGAUUGUGCAAUCAUGA